CGGAGGUAACCGGGGACCGGGGGUGCGGGACUGGGAUGGGAGACACCCCCCUGCCCCGCGGCCGUGCCCCAGGCUGGUGGUGCUGUGCGGGCUCUGCCGAUCAUUUAUUUUGCUGCCAAUGUUCUCUGGAAUGGGAGAUGACAGUAUGCAAAUAGAAACUGGAAGCCACCAGGCCAUGGAGCAACCCCUUUGUGAUGUGGGAAGUGAAGCUGUGAGAAGUGGUGGAGAAUGCAACCUGCUGAAAGGUGACCAUCUGUUUGAUCAAGAAGGAACCAACUGUACGGAGAUAAGUAAACUAAAUUCCAUAAAGGAUGAGGAAAAUGCCAUGAAGGACGUAGGGUUCAGCUCAGUUAUUUCACCGUUUGCCGUAUCAAUUGUAGAAGAUGGAAAAGUGCAAACAGAAACCAUGGACUACCAGGCCAAUGAGCAGUUUUCCUGUGGUGAAGGGAGAGAUCUGGUGAGGAAUGAUGAAAAAUGCAAAGGAGACCAUCUGCCUGAGCAGGAAAGGACUAAGAACAUGGAGAUAAAUGACCUCAGUUCAACAGAACAUCAGGAGAAAUCCAAGGACUUGGGGCCAAGCUCAGUCGUUCCACCAGCCAACAUGUCAGCAAUGGGAGAUGGGAAGCCACAAGUGGAAACUGGGGAGUACCAAGCCAAGGUGCAAUUCUGCGAUGAAGGGAGAGAACCUGUGAGAAGUGAGGGAGAAUGCAACCAGCUAUUUGAUCAAGAAGGAGCCAAGUUCAUGGAGAGAAAUGAACUUUAUCCCACAAAACAGGAAGGUGCUACAAAGGACAGGGGAUCCAGCUGCAGCUCAGUUACUUCACCGUUUGCCUUAUCAGUAGUGGAAGAUGGAAAAGUGCAAACAGAAACCAUGGACUACCAGGCCAAUGAGCACCUCUCCUGUGGUGAAGGGGGAGAUCCAGUGAGGAGUGAGGAAAAAUGCAAAGGCAACCAGCUGUCUGAGCAGGAAAGGACUAACAGCACGGAGAUAAAUAAUCUCAGUUCAACAAAAUCUCAGGAGAAAGCCAAGAAGGACUUGGGGCCGAGAAUGACAAAAGAGUUCUUGAGGCAGCUUUGCAAGGAGCAGAAACUCUACCAGACACCUUACCUGAAUGACACACUCUAUUUGCACUUUAAAGGUUUCUCCUGCAUUGAGAACCUGGAGGAGUACACUGGGCUGAGGUGUCUGUGGUUGGAGUGCAAUGGCCUGUUGAAGAUUGGGAACCUGGAUGCUCAGACUGAGCUACGCUGCCUCUUCCUUCAUCAAAACCUCAUUCAUAAAAUAGAGAACCUGGAGCCUCUUCAGAAACUGGAUUCCCUGAACCUCAGCAACAACUACAUAAAAACCAUUGUGAACCUCUCCUGCCUGCCAGUGCUCAACACAUUGCAGCUGGCUCACAACCAGCUGUGUAAGGUGCAGGACAUUGAACACCUGAAAGAGUGUCCUAGCUUGAGUGUCCUUGACCUUUCAUACAACAAGCUCGAUGACCCUGAAAUUAUCACUGUCUUUGAGAUGAUGCCUAACCUGCGUGUGUUGAACCUGAUGGGAAAUGAAGUUAUCAAAAAAAUCUCAAACUACAGGAAGGUGUUGACUGUGCGCCUGAAGCAGCUAACCUACCUGGAUGACCGUCCAGUUUUUCCAAAAGACAGGGCAUGUGCAGAGGCCUGGGCUCGAGGAGGCUGGGAUGCCGAGAAGGAAGAGAGGAAGCAGUGGGAGACAAGUGAACGGAGAAAGAUUCAGGAGAGUAUUGAUGCCUUGACAGCAAUUAAGAAGGCGGCUGAGGAGAAACAUAGGCUCCAAGAAAUGGAAGGAAAAGAUGAAGAUCUUCUUACAGAGACUGUGCCUGAGAUAACACCAUGUUCCUCAAAUGCAGAGACCCAGCAGAGGAUUGAUAAGUUUGUUAAUGACGCAUUAACAAUCCAGGAGGAGGUUCUGGUGGACAGGCAGCAAGAGGCAGAAAGGGAAAGACCUGAGGCCACCACGAAGAACCAACAGGAAGGAUCAUGUCUGCUGAUGCCAGACCAGAUAAAACAGCCGUCCAAUUGGGAUAGAGCAAGUGAGGCUGAGCUUGUGCAAUCAGAGGAAGGGAUUGCCUCGUUGUCAGUCAAUACCUCUGACCAAUUGCAGAAUACAGCCUUUCACGAUGAUGCUGCAGAUUGUUAUACCCAUAUAUUGCCAUCUUAUGACUGGCCAUGUAUGCCAUCAAAGACGAUGCCUGCUCAGAAGGUCCUAGUAACGGAACUGGAUAAGGUGGACACCAUGGAGACCAUCUACUUGGAAAGAGAACAAAAUCUUUACAUUGAUGAUCUACCUGACUUGGAGGAUGUAGAUAUGAGUGACCUAUCGGAGGCUGAACAGACCUUCAGCUGCAAGACGAAUCAUCGGCCAAAGAUCGAAGUCCUUGAUACUGGAUGUGAUGACAGUAAUUCCAACUCAGAGAAUGGAGUACACACCCUACUGGAGGAGAUAAUUGAGGAAAGUUCAGCAAAGCAGAACAAGUAUAUUUGUAGACCUUUGUCUAACCAGGAGAAAGAAAAUGAAGCUUUGGAAGUAAAGCAUGCAAAACAACAGACCAGAAGCAAAGCAGGAAGCUCGUUAAUUAGUGAGGGGAGUGCAGAGAAAGUCACAACUGAAGUGAAUAACAGUUUCCUGAGGGACUUAAACACCCCAUCUGUUGAGGGUGAGGGUGACGAGCCUGAGAAGGUGCUGAUUGAGGAAAUCUCCAGUCAGCUUGUUACAGAGGUCAUCAAGGAAGUUAAGCCACCAAUGCAAGAACAUGGCCCAAAGAACAAACAAAUUCAAGAGGAAUCAGAAGUUCUGGAACUGAGUCGCAUCAACAUUGAAGAUAUUGAGUUUGGACUAGACUGAGAAAUCCAUGUUAAAACAAUGGGAAAAACUACAGUUCACAGAAGAUUUAUCUAAUGCUUAUAAUUCUUAUUAGACAAAACAAUGUUAAUUUUCUUUGUUAGUUAACAAUAUUCUGUA